AAGAACAUGUCUGCUUUCUGUUCAAGUUAAUUUUCAUAACAUAUUUGUUCAUAUUGAUUCAAUGCUAGUGUUGGAAACCGAACAAGAGCAUCGAUAAUAUUUCUGUCGUCCCGCAAUCCUUGCAGCGUCUUUUAUAGUUGUGUUUUAUCGUCUUCCAAUCCCGUAAUUUAUUGACAAAUAGUGCGCUGGACAGUGUUGGGAUGUCAAUGCCAGACACAAUUUGUGGGAGCAUUGAAAAUUCAAAGAAUUAGGGAAACCAUCGAGGGCUGCUAUAAUGAAUAAUCCAUAUCGAGCUCGACCAGGUAGAUCACGCUUGGAUCCCACAGCAGUACCGCAUUAUGGUAUAGGGAAUAAACCUGCAUGGCCGCAAGUCACAGGUGGAGGGCAACAUGGAGAAAUGUCAACAAUUCCAAAUAACCUUUUUCAACCUCAGCAACCGAUGUCAAUUUCAAGCCAACCAAAGAUGACUGGUGACCCUUGGGACUGGGGAAAUGAUAAUAAUCAUGAAAAUGGAAAUGACGCUUGGAAUUGGAGUGUAGACCAGGCAUAUGACGCGCAGAAGCAAUCGCAAGGCGUUUCAACGUCCUCAAAUUCAGGACAAACAUGUCAGUCAUCCAUUCAGAAUAACCAUUAUGAUAAUUCAAAGGGGAAUAAUAGAUCAGGCCCACCUCCUCACUCAAUACCAUCUUUAGUAGGUGGAAAAUCUCCCGCAACGGCGAGUCGAGAAUCCACACCGAACUUGGUACAGGACCCAUACUCCCAUUCCUCGAAUUAUGGUGGGAAACAACAGCAAAUGUUUCAGUUGCCUCCCUCGACUAUUCCAAAUUCCCAGUUACCUAGCAUUUCAACAGUACCUAAUGCAAAUAGCAAGACUCAGACUCAGUGGGGAGAGACGACGCAUAUGCCCCCUUCGUCAACGUCUUUUGACAGUGAAAAUAAAAAAACUGCAUACUUUCAUCCUCAGGAGCAUCACUAUCAACAAUCCAGUUUAGCAACUCAAGAAACGUGGCAGAAUCAGGUUCAACCUAUCAUUGCUCCACCUCCACCCACCUAUUGGCAAAGUUCUAGUAGCGAGAAUAAUUCCUUUAAAAAAAUGAAUAAUCAGAGGAUGCAAAUGUCCCAACAACAUGACGAUUCUCAAUUCAACAUUCCCAGUCAUUCAUUAAUUCAAAAAGUUGACGAUUUGAUGAGGCAAGGCUCCCACCACCUUACACCAGCAGCUCCACAGGUUCUGGCUGAGAAUCAACGAAAACCAUCUUUAAACAGCCAACAUUUGGCACCUCGCGAUGUCUCUCUUGAAGAAGCACUACAACAACCACCACACAAGAAUCAAGCCUGGCGAAAUUCGAAAGAAAACAUUGCAAAUCAAUUAAACGAAAAUCCACCUCAAAAAGUUGAUAAAUUUGUCGUUCCAGAGUGGCAACACCAUGAAAAUUGCUCAACACAUUGCUCUCAAUCACAAGCACUCAAAUCUAGUUUAGUCUCUGACGCUCCGGUAUCAUCAUCCCCUUCAGUUCCUAAACUUAGCGACAUACAUUCAACAUCAUUUACAACAAGUGCAGGACCUCUUGAGAGUUCGUUUAUAAACCAUUCCGCAAUGGAACAUACGAAAAAAAGUUAUAUUGAUAAAAUGAGUGAUUUAUCAUUGAACAUUAAUCAAAUGGAUCUCGGCGAGACACAUAAAUUCCCCAACCAACAGAUGGAGACUCAACUGCCACAUCUACAGGAGAUUUCACCUGGAAAUCAUCGAUUUUUCCAGUUGUCUUAUGCUUGUGCUCAAUCAGAAUUAUUUCAUGACAUCGAUAAAACUUCAAAGAGUCCUCAACAACAGGAAGUAUUGGAAAACCAACAGAGUCCUAUCAACCAGGCUCAAUCGGGUGGUAUUAAAUCUUCUCCACAGCCUGAGGAAUUGUCUUCGAUGUUGAAUGAAUACCCACCACCUCAGACACAAUCAAUUAGCCAUUCAGAAUCUAAUUUCAGAGUUAACAAACCAAUACCACCAACAAGUAUUGUGCGACCGGUUCAGGAACACGAUUUAUUACUACCGCAACAAAUAAAUCUUCAAAAUCAGAGUAUCUCACAUAAAAAUAGUUCUCAAUAUAUGCAUUAUGAUCAAUGGUAUAAUGAUGAUGCAGCCCAGACAUCCCAAGUGUCUUCAGCAGCUCAGAAUAAUCGGUAUCCCAAUGUCAAUGAAAUGCAUCUCUCAUUAGGAAAACGCUGGACACCACCUCCAAACUCUACUACCUCAGGACCACCAAUCAAUACUUGUGAGAGUAUCCAGCGACCUAUUGAGUUCAAUUUGACACCCACCCAAGAAGACCCACGAACUGAAAUCCGAACUUCUGAGAUCGAUCCUACACCUGUAUUUCAUCUCUCACAUUUCCAACAGCAUUAUGUAGAACAGGAGCCCCCGCCUCCUGAAAAUUUUGAAUUUGCAUCAAACGAUAGAAACACAUUUCUUGAGACUGGAGAAUUAACAGACUCUCAUCAUGAUCAAGAGACUGUAGCUCCCAGCCAGGAUGAAGAUAAUGAUGAAGUUCCUAGCGAUAUCCCUUUUCUUAGGGAAGUCCUUGGGCAAUCCAGCAAUCCUGAACUCUCCAGAAAUGAUCCCACUGGACAGGAGCAAUAUACAGAUUCGACUGGCAGUGAAUUAAUUCAAGAUACUGGUCGUGUGGAGCCUGAUUCUCUUGAACGUAGGAAUGAUCCAUCAGGUAGGGAGAGAACGCUUCCACCUACUCAAUCCAGGAACGAUCCCUCGGGAGAGGAGAGGAUAACCCCUAUUCAACAAACGCCUCAUGUUCAUUGUGAACCGAACGAAAUACGUCAGGUACCAGGUAGUGGAACAGGCAGCGCUGUUGCUCACUCAGAUCUGGUUGAUAUUGAUAGUGGAAUAAGACAAGUACCUGUAGGGAUAUCUCCGACAGAAGUGACACUGCCGGUCUCCAUGAAGCUUGACGAUAGGAACAAUAGAGUUAUUGCUGGCUCCCUAGAAUAUUCAUCAAUUUCUUCAAUCAUGAACAUUCAGGAGACUAGAGAAGAAGCUGUUGGUGCCUCAACGAGAGAAGUUGCCGCAAUCCCUCCAGGAUCCCCCAAACGUCGUGACUCUUAUGAAGAUGGUGAUGAUGAAGAGUCCGGAAACUCUCGAGAUGAUAGUAGAGAGAGACGACAACGUAGAGAUCCGAGAGAUUCAAGUCCCUUACCUCUGGACAAUCGACGUCGUUAUGACAAAAGUUAUUAUGAGCAUGUUCGAGAUCGAGCAUGCGAUGACGAUUAUUAUUAUGAUCGUCGACGGCCGGAUUAUGAUCGCCCCUAUAGUUCCAGGGAAGAUCUGGACCGCAGGAAUGCUUCGUACCGAAGUGGCGAUGGUGGACACAGAGUUAAUGAUAAUGACGAUGCCGGACGUCGAGGGAGAGUCAGGGGCGAAGAGGAAAGGGAUAGUAGAGUUCCGGGAAAACGAGAUGAAUGUAGAAGUCGAAGAGACAGGUCUGAUGAUGGGAAACGUAGAGACAGAGAUAGAGAAGCAAGGGAUUAUUACAUGAGAGAUGGGAGAGAUAUGAGAGAUCCACGAACUCGCGACUUUUCUGAUGCUGACCGUAGGAGGCGAAGAUUUGAGGACUAUGAUCGUGAUCAUCGGAGGGAGUACUAUGAUGAUCCAUAUUCGAGAAGUUCGAGACCCUCUAGCAGAUCUUCUUAUAACGACCGAGAUCGAGAUUAUUAUAUGAGAUCGAGAGAUCUAUAUUAUGGGUAUAAUAAUGGCUAUGCUGGGUAUGAAUAUGCGCCUAAUUACAAUGCUAACUAUUAUGCUUAUCUGGAGAAUUUGAGGAGGACUAAUCCAUCAGCGUACAUGGACUGGUACAAUAGAUAUUACGCCAAUCAUACUCAUCAUCAGCAACCACAACCGAAACUAUCGCAAACUGGGACAAAUUAUCCUGAGGAUAGGGCUAGCGUGCAUUCUGGACAAAGCUCAUGUGACGACAGAACCGGAAGUGGGAAAUUCAUAGCAGGUGAUAUAUCAUUAAUGGAGGACCAAACAAUUUCUUCUCGUAUGACUCCGACUAAAUUUUCCACAUCUCAUGUUCAAGGACUUUUCUCGAUUGGAUCAUUGGUGCACGUGCACGCCAGUUACCCAGCUGACGGUGAGAGAGCUAAAGUGGACAUACUUAAAAUAGACAGCCUUCUACUUCACGACCCCAUUGUUCGUGAGCUUCGUAGCUACCCUGGACCGUUGGUAAAGGGAGUGACACAUAAGAAAACAAUAAUCGAAUAUUGCGAAGCCAAAAUAAAGACAGUAACCACCAGUAACAGACCCAUCGAUCGAGCCUCCUAUGUUCUUCUCUAUGAACUAAUGAUUAUGCUUAUUCAACAAAAUGGAAACGUUGUGGGAGUUGAUAUCGCGGCACUUCUACUCCGCAACAAAGAAUCGUACCCCUAUGACGGUAAUGAAGCAGCUAAAGAGCGAGAAUUCAUUCGACAGACUUCAGGUGUGUCUCAUCGCUCUAGUGUUACUGGCAAUGAAUCAUCAGAUGAGACUCCUCCUUCCCCCGAAUCUGGAGAAAUCGUUGAAUUAAAGCAACAAUCAAGAAAAACAGUAGAGCAGAUUACAAAUGAAUUUAGAAAUACUUUGCUCUAUGGUCUCGUACAAGAAGCUCUUGAGUAUGCCAUGAGUGAAGGACUGUGGGGACACGCUUUAUUCCUAGCUAGCAAAUUAGACAAACGAACCCAUGCUUCAGUCAUGACACGUUUUGCCAACAGUUUAUCGGCCCAAGAUCCCCUCCAAACACUUUAUCAACUGCAUUCUGGCCGAGUGCCGGCAAGUGUAACUUGUGUUGCAGACUGCAAAUGGGAUGACUGGCGUCCUCACCUCGCGAUGAUAAUAUCAAACACCUCAGUAAAUCCACAGAUAAAUCGCAAGUCAAUUUCCAUCAUGGGAGAUACUAUGGCAGCACGCGGAGAUAUUUAUGCUGCUCAUUUUUGUUAUAUCCUUGCUGAAAUAGAUUUUGGAAAUUAUGGAAAAUCAGGUACAAAAAUAGUACUGAUUGGAGCUAAUCACGAUGAGCAUUAUGAGGAUUUUGUAACACUCGAGGCUGUUAUGUUGACUGAAAUUUAUGAAUAUGCCAGGAGCCUUAGCGAGUCUUCCUUUACGUUAACAGCUUUGCAGGCGUUUAAAUUCGAGAAUGCUUUGAAGAUGAUUGAUUAUGGUUUGGUGGAAAAGGGUCUACUUUAUCUAGAGCAAAUUGCAUUGAAUAUCAUGAAUUCGCCAUCUAAAUUCAAACCCACAUUCAUUACAGAUGUCUACAAAUUGAGUGAAAAAAUGAAGUUCCAUGAUCCUGUAUUCAAGGACUCAAUUGAAAAUGAAAUUUCACUGACCUGGCUCAAUAAUUUAUCACAAAUUGUUAGUAAAUAUGAGGCAGGAGAAAUUACCCAUGAUAUUUUUCCAUCACUUGAGAUUUUGGCAGAUCCGCAAGAGAGUCAACAGAGUCAAGAACGCGUGGAAAUGCAACAACACAUCCAACAGAAUCAAUGGGUUUAUCAUUCUAAUCAUCAAGAAUAUGAGGAUGGUGGGAUUUCAGUGGAAGAGGUACCCCCAGUGGACGCCGCGCAGGAGCAGUGGCAGCACUUUUCGAACCAACAAAGUAGUCAAUAUACUGAUAACAGUGCAGAUCUAAAUAAUUAUCAAUUCAACCAUCCACAAUCGAUUCCUCAGCCUACACAGCAGGAUUAUUGGGGGCAACGGCAGACGUAUAAUCAACACGAGUACAUUGACUGGCAGCAUCAGCAAUCUGAUCCGGGUCAGAAUUAUCAGCCUGAACAGACUGAUGUGGAUUCUACUCAGCUGACUAAUGCAUGGAAUUAUGAG